AUGGCUACUCGUUGCUCAUUUGAAAACUCUCACGAAGUCGGUGUCUUUGCCGCUUUGACAAAUUCCUAUUGCCUUGCCGGAAUUGGUGGCAAUGAAAACUUUUAUUCCGUCCUCGAGGCCGAAUUGCGAGAACACAUUCCCGUCUUGCACGCCACCAUUGGGGGAAAUCGAUUUGUGGGACGUACCACCGUCGGCAACGUUCGCGGAUUGCUGGUACCCAACACGGCGACGGAUCAAGAAUUGACGCACUUGCGAAACUCGCUGCCGGACAAGGUUGUGGUCCAACGAGUGGAAGAACGUUUCAGUGCUCUUGGGAAUGUGAUUUCGACCAACGACCACGUGGCGUUGAUUCAUCCAGAUACGGAUAGGGAGACGGAAGAAAUUAUCAGUGACGUCCUUGGUGUGGAAGUCUUUCGACAAACUGUAGGGGGGCAAGCACUCGUUGGUUCCUAUGCCAAGUUUACCAAUCAAGGUGGUAUGGUCCAUCCACGUACCACGGUUCAAGAUAUGGAAGAAUUGUCAAGUCUCUUGCAGGUCCCUCUUGUGGCUGGAACUGUCAACCGUGGUUCCGAUGUCUUGGGAGGAGGUAUGGUCGUCAAUGAUUGGUCUGCUUUCUGUGGUAUGGACACUACAGGUACCGAGAUUAGCGUGAUUGAAUCAAUAUUCCGAUUGCAACGGCAGCAAAAUGGUGGUGCCGAACCUAUGGAUAUUGUCACGGAUAUGCGAUCGUCGCUUAUUGAUCAAUUGAGUUAA